CGUUUUCAGGGAACUUUUUGGACAUUUUCUUGUUUGAUUUUGUUCUGCUCAACUGUCGUGCUUUCACGGAGACAAUAACAGUGGAGGAGCAGGACAACAUCCCGAAACCGGUGACGGAUCAACCGAGGAAACCUCCCCUGUAACAUAGCAUUCACCGGUCGACUAUACGUCCAAGCAGAGUAAUUCAAUCCACUGACCGAUUGCUUCCUCUUCGAAGUGGUCCAUUUAUAAAGAUGCAGUUCCCCAGGCACCCUUUUUCCUUUAAUUCGCUUCGGCUUUCCAUCAAAGGCGCUUUCCAUGUCCGCUCUCGAAUAGCCCUUCUCCCUGUUUCUCGUUGCACAAUCAUCCAUUGAUUUGGACAGGUAGGAAAUGCAGGAGGUUUGACGUUAAGGAAAUUCUGAGGGCGUUGUAUUAGGCAGAUGUAUAUAUUCGUCUAGUACGUUUUGAGUCUUUGAGAUUAAAGAGAGAAAAACAAUCCAACAAUGUCAACGACCACCACGGAUAUCACCCAGAAUGGGAGCCUGACAAGCCUCGAGACUGCAAGCUCCAUAUUUGAGAUUGGCGACUCCGACCUUUUGCGCUUACUGGACAGACCGAAACCUAUAAAUGUGGACAGAAGGUCGUUUGAUGAGAGGUCUUACAACGAUGUGUCUAUUAGCUUGUCGCCCCGUCACAGUUUCAGGAACUCUGAGAAUUUCCGUAACUUGGAACAUGCUGGAUACAUGUUUUCUCCGGGAAUAAGGUCGGGUUUGAAUACUCCUAGGUCGCACAGUUACUAUGAGACGCACCCUAUGAUUGUGGAUGCAUGGGAAGCUUUGAGGAAGUCCAUUGUCAACUUCCGUGGCCAACCAGUGGGGACUAUUGCUGCUUUGGACCAUUCAGUGGAAGAACUCAACUAUGAUCAGGUCUUUGUUAGAGAUUUUGUUCCAAGUGCACUGGCUUUUCUGAUGAAUGGCGAGACGGAGAUAGUGAGGAACUUCCUCCUGAAGACUCUCCGUCUGCAAUCAAGAGAGAAGAUGGUAGAUCAAUUCAAGCUCGGAGAAGGGGUGAUGCCUGCAAGUUUUAAGGUGAUCCAUCACCCGGCGAGGAACUAUGAGACUUUGACUGCUGAUUUUGGCGAGAGUGCGAUAGGGAGGGUGGCUCCCGUGGAUUCGGGAUUUUGGUGGAUUAUACUGCUCCGUGCGUAUACAAAGUCCACAGGAGACACUUCCUUGGCAGAAUUGCCCGAAUGCCAAAGGGGAAUGCGCCUCAUUCUCAGUCUCUGUCUAUCCGAAGGUUUUGAUACUUUCCCUACUCUGCUAUGUGCAGAUGGAUGCAGCAUGAUCGAUCGCAGGAUGGGUGUCUAUGGUUAUCCUAUUGAAAUACAAGCCCCCUUCUUCAUGGCACUAAGAUGUGCCCUUCUACUACUCAAACAAGACGGCGAGGGCAAGGAAUUCGUGGAACGAAUCGUGCAGCGUCUCCAUGCCCUGAGCUACCACAUGAGGAGCUACUUCUGGCUCGACCUGAAGCAGCUGAAUGACAUAUACCGGUACAAGACCGAGGAGUACUCCCACACGGCUGUUAACAAGUUCAAUGUGAUGCCUGAUUCCCUCCCUGACUGGGUCUUUGACUUCAUGCCGAGCCGUGGGGGAUACUUCAUCGGGAAUGUGAGUCCUGCGAGGAUGGAUUUCCGAUGGUUCUGUUUGGGAAACUGCGUCGUGAUCUUGUCGUCUCUGGCGACACCCGAACAGGCAGCGGCCAUAAUGGACCUGAUCGAGGCUCGGUGGGAGGAGCUUGUCGGGGAGAUGCCACUGAAGAUCUGUUAUCCAGCGAUUGAGAGUCACCAGUGGAGGAUCGUGACGGGAUGUGAUCCGAAGAACACGAGGUGGAGUUACCACAACGGUGGUUCUUGGCCAGUGCUCCUAUGGCUCCUCACAGCAGCUUGUAUCAAGACGGGUCGUCCUCAGAUUGCAAGGCGUGCGAUCGAGCUGACUGAGAGCAGGCUGUCCAAGGAUCACUGGCCUGAGUACUAUGAUGGGAAGACAGGAAGGUACAUCGGCAAACAGGCCCGUAAGUUCCAGACAUGGUCGAUUGCCGGGUACUUGGUGGCAAAAAUGUUGUUCGAGGACCCGUCUCAUUUGGGUAUGAUCUCGCUCGAGGAUGACAAGCAGAUGAAGCACCUUGUCAAGAGAUCUGCUUCAUGGAACUGUUAGGUACUUUUGAAAAGUUUGAUCCAGCUUCAUGUUAUAGAAAAUCUGUAAUAAGAUAAUUUUGGACAGUGAUCUCUUUAAAUUAAUAUCACGCUUUUCGGCCGACUGGCCUAGAUGAUUUUUUAA